UUUUCUUCACGAGUCGCUGGGAAAGUGAAAAAAAAAGAAAAACGAAUCACAUUUCCCCGGAAAAUCUUUUACCGGCGGAAUUUGAAAUCCCCGCCGGAUUUCCGUUGAAAACAGUCUUAAAAACACUCGCUGUUAUACUUUCCAUCUAUAGAGAGCAAAACUCAGCACUCGGUGUUUCCUAGCGUCCUUAAUCCUCUGCUCUCUCGUUUUUGUUUUCGCUUCUCUCUUUUCCAUCGAUUUCUAGGGUUUUCAGGGUUAGCUCUCUGACAUUUUAGGGUGUCCGUCCGUACAGUGUAUGAGUUCUGGCCUAGAAUCAGAGGCGAUUUUUUUUGUUCUUCUUCUGAUUCAAUACUGUCAAAAAAAUUGAUUAAUCUAAUACCAUCGUUCAAAUUCUAGGCGUUCCGGCUAGGUUUUGUUAGCAGAAUUUGUUGAAUUUAAACAAAAAUUGGUGCGAAUUGCACCCGUUCGGUUCGGAAUUCUGAUAGAUUUGUAAACUUUGGGACUCGAAUUGAUUGAGACUUCUGCGAAAAUGAAGCUCGAGUCCUUGCCAGGAAGCUCAGGGUACUUGGACUUGUACCCGGAGAGAAAAAUGUCGUAUUUUAAGAACUCAUAUGUGCUGGGAUUGACUGUGGUCGCUGGAAUAGGUGGAUUGCUCUUCGGCUACGACACAGGUGUGAUAUCUGGGGCCCUUCUAUAUAUUAAGGAUGAUUUUGAGGUGGUCAAACAGAGUAGUUUCCUGCAGGAAACAAUAGUCAGCAUGGCCUUGGUUGGUGCAAUCAUUGGAGCAGCAGUAGGGGGUUGGAUAAAUGAUGCUUAUGGUCGUAAGAAGGCAACUCUUAUUGCUGAUGUAGUCUUUGCUGUUGGAUCAAUAGUCAUGGCUGCCGCACCAGAUCCAUAUGUUCUUAUAUUGGGACGACUUCUUGUUGGCCUGGGUGUUGGUGUAGCAUCUGUCACUGCUCCUGUGUAUAUUGCAGAAGCAUCACCAUCGGAAAUAAGGGGAGGACUAGUCAGCACAAAUGUGCUUAUGAUAACUGGUGGACAGUUUCUUUCCUACCUUGUAAAUCUUGCUUUUACGGAGGUCCCUGGGACAUGGCGAUGGAUGCUUGGAGUUUCAUGCGUCCCAGCUAUCAUUCAGUUCUCGUUUAUGCUCUUUCUGCCAGAGUCUCCCCGAUGGCUUUUUAGGAAGAACGAGAGAUCUAAAGCCAUUGCUGUGCUUUCUAAAAUUUAUGACAUUGCUCGCUUAGACGAUGAAAUUGAUUACCUCACUGCUCAAGCAGAGGAAGAAGACCAGAAAAGGUCUGAUGUCAGAUGGAUGGAUGUUUUUAAAUCGAAAGAAAUCAGGUUUGCAUUUCUGGCUGGCGCUGGACUACAGGCAUUUCAGCAGUUUACUGGUAUCAACACAGUGAUGUACUACAGUCCAACAAUUGUCCAAAUGGCCGGCUUCGAAUCCAACCAGUUAGCUCUUCUCCUGUCCCUUAUUGUCGCGGCUUUGAAUGCCGCUGGGACAAUUCUUGGGAUUUACCUUAUUGACCAUUUUGGGAGAACAAAGUUGGCCCUCACAAGCUUAUCUGGUGUAUUUGUAUCCCUUCUCAUUCUUUCUGGAGCAUUUUUCUUUGAAUCAUCCAGUUCUACUAGUGAAAUCUAUGGAUGGAUUGCAAUUAUAGGGUUAGCCCUGUAUAUUGGUUCCUUCUCACCUGGAAUGGGGCCUGUGCCAUGGACCGUCAACUCAGAGAUAUAUCCUGAAGCAUAUCGAGGAACAUGUGGAGGCAUGUCGGCUACUGUGAAUUGGAUUGCCAAUCUAAUUGUUGCACAGAGUUUUCUUUCGCUUGUUGAAGCUGUAGGGACUGGCGCUACUUUCUUGAUUCUUGCUGGUGUGACUGUAGCUGCAUUUGUAUUUGUGAUUAUUUUUGUGCCAGAAACACAGGGAUUAACGUUUGAGGAAGUGGAGAAAAUCUGGAAGGAGAGGGCUUGGGGCAGAGAUCCAGCCGCAGAAAGCCUUCUUGAGCAGGGUAGUGAGUCCAAGUAUACCGGUUUGAUAGUGUAGUGAUAAUUCUCUAGAUAUUGUGAAAGACAGCUUUUAUAGUUUACCUUUACGUCCACAUAUUUGGUUAUGCAUUGAGCUUAUGGCUUUUUAUCAGUUCGAUGCAACCUCUUUUAUAUUCUAGCCUUCUAGGUCGCCUGUGGAAUGGCAGGACUUGCAUUUUGUGGGCACAAUUUCAGGUCUAGCCAGAGUGAAACUACCCUGGGUUUUUCAUGUGGGUUUCAGUCCAAGUUCUUUACAUGUUUGUUCAUUAUGUAAACUUGUUAUUAUAAUAAUAUUGGCUUAAGACUUGUAUUUUCA